AUGUCUACCUCAUUUUUCGAUAAAACCACUGAGGGCGGAUUGCACUACGUGCUCAAUCACGUUUUCCUACCUCCGAGGCUACCACAAAGCGACGAUAAUGCUGAUCCAGAUAACGACUGCGACCUAGAUCUUUGCGGCCUCCUUCUUGAGGCCUCUUUAGAUUUCUCAGAACAUAUUCAGCCGUCGCAGAAGGAGCAUUGGGGCCGUAUCAUUGGGCUGCUAUCCGGGCUCUUUGACUCCGUUCAACUCUUCGACAAAUCUGCGAUUAUGAAACAAGCAUUGGCUCUUGAAGAAGGAGACGUUAUGGCGCUCCAUAUCAAAGCUCAAAACGCAGCUCUUAUGAUGCGUAGGCGCUCGAACACCGUCAUCUUCGAGGUCUUCGAAGUUUCACCACCACCGGCAGCCGUCAUGAACACCGAGGGCAAACUCAUCUGCUCCUAUCCUGGACCUGCUGUCGAACUCCCCGUUUCCGUCGCACAGGACCCAUCCUUCGUAGAACACCUCGUCUCAUUCCUCACCCAUAUGAAUGCCGAUGUCCUCGAUGCUGGAGCCACCACCACCAAAGCCGGGUCCAAAGUCCCAGAGACUCGAGGCACGACUCAUCCUCGCUACAUCUCACAGCUUCUCGUCAUGAUUCUGUAUGGCACGGGGGUAGAAGCCAACGUCAAGCGUAUCGCAAAGCGCAUCGCAGACGACGUCUGCUUUGAGAACGGCAAAAACCCGUGGCGCAGAUCGUCGGUUUGGCUCGUGUUACGUGUAGCCCUUCAGACCUCAGUCGAGUCUCGCGAGCUCUACAAGUCGUUCAUGAUAUAUUUCCAAGCUCGACUUCUUCGAGCGUUUCUUCAUCAUAACUUCUCCAGCGACCUGCUUCACGCGGCUCGCGCCAAGACCAGCAGGCGCGUCUACAAACUCGCCGAUGCUGCUCCUUCCUUUGUGCUUGAGGAAGUUGAGUUCGUCAGUCGUGAUAUAGAGCAGCUUAUGCAGGCGAGAUGGACCGAGGCGCAGCGUUUACAAUCGGCGUCUGCAUCAUUCACUCCCGAUCCUUCUACAUUCGAAGACGACACGAUCAUCACACUCAAAAACUCCCGCUCCUAUCUCACAAAAGUCCUCCAACCCGAUCCUCACACACAUACCAUCACGACAUUCCAACCAUCUCAUCCUUCUCGUCUUCGUGAUAUCCGCGACUUCGGGAGAUUCUGUCCCACCCGGUUGAAGGAGGCCGUCGAGAUGGAUCCCUACGUUGCCCUCGCUGACUUCGAGUUCGUUGUUCAAAACCAUCUCACCCUGUGGGCCACGGAGAAUCAAUGGGCACAAUCCGCGUAUACCACAUUGGAAUCAUGUCUCGACCAGUAUAUAUCUUGCUCUAAGAGCAGAUACUCGUCCAACCCAGAAGACGAGUCUAUCAUGCUCUUGACCAUCUUGGAGCUAUGGGUGGCACUCGAUACAGUGGCCACCGCCCAAUGCCCUCUCCUCGCGCGAUACUCUCCCGAAAUUCCAUCGGACUUCUUGAACCCUCUUCUUCUUCGUCGUUUGAAAACCAUUGAACGAGCGGCCCACGUUGAGCGUUAUCUACGAUCGCGCCACACCGGUGCUACAAUCAAAACGUCUGUCUUUGCCAGUCCCGCGCAGUACGAUUCUUUCGCUGUACGGUACUACGCACAAACAUCAUCUCUCCGACAUCUCCAGGCCUCUAUCGAGCAGACCGCUCGUGCAAACCGUUCCGCUAAACGGGACGAGUUAGAGCAGAAGAAUCGUAGACAUCAGUGGCUUACCACAGAGAUUGCUCGCCGUGGUUGUGACUAUUUCACGACAUAUUGGGGUGGGACACAGCAUUCAUCCAGUUGCCAUCAGUGCUCGCUGAGGUACGAGGCUGACCACAUGACCAUCGACGUCCACGAAUGGCCAUUGCCCGCAAAUCAUCUUUUGGCCCAGGCGACCGUAUUCGAGCUACAAUGCCCACCCGUAUUCGCUGUAUGGAGAAGCAAGACGUACGAGAUCCUCCGAGACUUUUCUAUAGCUCACGUAGAUAGUUCGUCGAGGUCCCAAGGCGAGCGUCAUCUUCUUGAGGACUACGAAGGACUCUCGCAGUGGUCGAAACAGGGAACAUCUGGUCGCAUCUGUUUCGCCUCGACGACGAAAUCAUUUUUACACUCACAUUAUCGUAACACUGCCAUUCCUACGUCCGACAGCAGCGUCUGUGUCAACAAUGGACUGCGUUACGAGCUUUACGAUAGCGUUAAAGGAGAAUAUGUCACGCUCCCCUUCACCCCAAACCUUGGUCCCUACUGCACUCUUCGUCUUGAUCGGGGUCCGGAUAGGUUGUACCAGCAUCUCCAGUAUGCAUUAUCCCACACGGCUCACUCGCACAAUGAGACGAUCGUCAACCAGGAGGAUUGUCCAAAGAACCUUAGCCUGCACGAGCACCUAGCCUUCUCAAAUUUGCGGUGCGGGGCACUUCUUCAGUGGAAGAAUAUCGCUCGAGAGCUCCGGACGAACAUUCUUACCUUCGGUCGUGAGGAGGUCCAUAUGCUUCUUGCGCAAGCGGCCUGGCAAGUCGGACCUUUAUCGAAGGAUGGCGUAUCGAGGCCGUGGCAUUUUGAGCUCACCCUUGCCGAUUUUGGUGCGGUGUUGAUACGUGAAUGUGUGGAGCUGCUGGCCCGCGUCGAAGCCAACUGGCUGGAAUGUACCACAGUGAAGAGCACAAUAUACCUCAUAAGCCGUCUCCUCGUCUCCACGGACCCGUCUAAUCGACAAUUGUGUCAGGAUGCGUACGCAUUCCUCCGGAAAGCACGUACAGUCACGCACAGGUGGAUGCGUGAAAUAAUCGACAAGCUACAAAGCGCAGAAGACGAUGAAGAGUCGAGCGAACUCCAGAGACGUACUUGCGAGAUAGCGGCCACUUGUCGGGCCACCUUCGACGUCGACUCGCCACCUCACCUCGAUUGCCUCCUAGAUACUUCAUCAGACAUCGCAGUUCUCGUCGAAUGCUCAAUUGUCGUUUACGACAAUACACCACCUGAUCUUUGCCACGCCCCUUCUCAUAUACAGAGGCUCCUGUAUCGUGAUAGGCGUCUGUCACACUAUCUCGAGGAACGACUUCUCGGUCAAAUUGAUGCCAGUGGAGGAGGUUUGGAUGCUGCGAUCACAUCAGUCUGGCUUGGGUACCGCCCCGGACGCGGAGGAUGGCAGCAGCUGGCAAAUUCUGAAUCACGCUGGCUGACGUCCUUCACUGCUUCGAGUUCGCAAGCAUCGCAGAGAUCUCAACAAGUUCAUUAUAAUGUGUUAGAAGGGAAAUUGCUAGUCGACGGAAAACCUCUCGGACGACUUCCUCGAGAAAUCACAAGUCAUUCGACGUACAAACGUGUUCUUGGCCAGAAAAUCCUGGAUGUGAUCCCAGCGGAUAUGCCGACGAUGGACUAUGCGACUCGAGGCAAAGUUCACAAUUAUCAGAUCUUCUUCGCCCUACGCGGUAGUCCGCCAAAUCUUGUCAUCCGUGCUCAAUCACAUUUGGGCCAAAUCCUGGAACUUGUCCCCCAUACUGUUCUUAUGGGCGACUUUCCGACGUUUCUGGUAACGGAACAUGUGCACUGGAUGAACGUCGGCAAUGACACCGAAACAGGCGAAACUGAAUUCCGGCCUCUGACUCAAUUGUGGGAUACUUCCCCUCAUAACUGGCGACUUCACCUCUCCAUCCUUGGGUCUACAACGAUGCGCAAGGAGAACACUCUGCGCCUUGUUGACGUGUGUAGCGCAAUGUUCCGAGGUAUUUCAGCACGCAUAGAGCCUUUGGAGUACUCCGAGUACCUUACGGCGGUAUACGACUUCCGAUCGCGUACCGUCUCCGUUGAACUGCCUCGUUUUCGACUUUCUUUCAUUAUCGUCGACAGCGGUGACUUAGAGUCGCAGAACCUACCCGGGAUGAUCAUUGACAAUGACCAAUGUUCGGGGACUAUGAUCGGCCUGAGCAACCAGCUUGUACUACGACACAAGGACCUCCAUUUUUCCCGCCUUCCACGGUCUCGAUUUACGCUCAUUCCGUACGGCGAAGUGCGUUACUCGCUGUCUUCCGAGUCCGGGCAGAACCAUGUACAUGUAGACAUCAACACCCGCAACAAACGGCUGGUCACUUGGUUCAAUUUCAAGAUCGACACUGACCUCGGUACACUCGUUGGCGGCGUUGAUAUUACCUCCCGUUUAUAUCGAGUAUAUCUCCACGCGCUAUGCAGCCAUCCGCUUCCAGACCCCUUGCUUUGUCAGACUGGAACAGACUACGCACUUGGAGAACUCGCCGCUGCCGGCUCAUUUUCGUUCCAAAAGCUCACCAAGUUAGAUGUGGACCUCCUUCGCCUCAUCGGACGCAUCACCCCUCGACGUUACUUCUAUUCCAAAGGCCUGCGCCUUAUGCAGACCACCCAGUGGUCUUCUAACCUUCCGUCUCUAUCCCAACACGGGACUUUCUAUACCGCGGCGUACAACAUCGUAUCAUACGCAAAGUCUCUUUCCAUAUUCGAGGAUCCGAACCAUGAGCAGCUGGACUUCAACCUGGAAUUUGAUGGCAGCUCUUUCCUUGUAGAUCGUGCAACACAUCGUGCAUCCAUCUAUUAUGAAUAUUGCACUAGUGUCUCCCCGUCACCAGAUCACGACGGCCAAUAUCAUUCUCGAGACCAUCCCCACGAUUCUGACCACGACGUUGACGGUGUUGAGGCUCUCAAGUCCGCACAACUGAUUUACUCCUGGCCUUCCGGUAUCACUCAAGCAGUCGGGCCGGACGAGCUGAUGAGCACAUUCCUGCGGUGGAAAAACGUAACUGGACCCGAAACGGAUUUCUCCAUGGCGUACACUCGAGGGUGGCUUUCCCUCAACCUCGCAUCCAAAUGGCUCAGUAUCUACAGUGUUUGCCGGAGGAAAGAGCAUUCUCGGUCCGCUGAUAGAUUCGAACUUGUCUUCACCUUUGCCGCCGUAGCCUACACCGUGCCCGACCUUCGAUGCUUUAUCCCUAUCCUCCUAGCAUUCUCCACCAUUCAUCAAGUUCAUCUUCCACCGCCUCCUCCACAUGCAUUUUAUAACCUUUCAGACGGGUUUGCUCCGGUCCGAGACCAAAUCCAAACAAUCGUUACUUCUCACACCCGCUCUUUGAGGGAGAGCCCGGCUGCCGAUCUUUCGCGCAGAGUGGAUGAAGGCCUUCAAAAUUUUACAUCCCGACAAUCGGCAUACUACGAUCAGCAUUCCAAGCAAAGGAUCAAGACGGUAGUCGAACAUUUUUUGAGCCAUCAGCGCUUUCACUCCCCGCCCUCUCCCUUCCACACAGACGAUUCACGCUGGUUUAACAUCACCGAGAUCACGGCCGCCAUCUCUCAGUAUUUCACGAGCUGCAUUCACAACACGGAACUGCACACAUUUACUGCCGCAUUAACAAGGACUUUACAGUCAUUCUUCUCUCCAGCAGCACGACAUUCUCUUCCCCGACUUGUCUGCUCCCCCAAUUUCGUUCUUGAUACCCUCCGACUGGGAACAUUCUCCUCUUCGUCGUUUUCGUUGCAAAAUCUCCUCUCCGAUCGCUCUGACUCAACACUCGAUUAUCAUCGUCGGGCGUUUGGAGCAGGGGUUCCACGAAGAGACAAAUCUUCUGGUGAUCCGGUCGACACGCAAGUGUUGACAGAUUUAAUUUCCCAAUUCAACCGCAACAGCGCUUCUUCCCUUACUCGCAUCUACGGCGAACGUCUGGAGAAUAGCCGCAAGCAGCUUGAAGACGAGCGAACCGUCAUCGUUCCCAAGGAGAUUCCUCCGCUUUCCGAGUGUUGUCUUUAUCGGGACCAGUGUCUAACUCGUAUGGAGGACAUGAAAAAAUUACUCAUAGCUACUGUGCUAUGUCCGGUCAAUUCGAGAGAGAGGAUUGCGGAACUGGGCGGAUUACGGCCUCGCCUGCACCGUCGUACCUUCCUACAGGCCCUUGCGUCGACUUCACGAUUUGAGAUGAGUUCCAAGUGGACUUGCGCGUUCAUCACGCUUGCGAAGCUGUUCAUUGAGUAUCAACACUCGCAGAGAUUGGUCAACUACGCUCUUCGCUCUCAAGCGGACAAUUUCUUCAAGGAACUCGACAGUGCAUGUUUCGACUGGGAUGAAGCUGAUUCAUACCCUGAUUGGCUGCUGAUUCAGAUCCAAGGCGAUUUUCUCAUCCGUGCUAUCCAGACAAAAGUCGCCAAGGAAAUGAUUGCACCCUCAUCCGGAGACAGCAGCGUCUAUCAACUCAAUAUGGGCGAGGGUAAAUCAUCGGUCAUAGUUCCCAUCGUAGUCGCAGCUCUAGCCGACUCCAACAAGCUUGUCCGUGUCGUCAUCCUCAAACCACUCGCAGGGUCGAUGUUUCACCUCCUUGUAGAGAGACUCUCCGGCCUUUCUAAUCGUCGCAUAUACUACUUGCCAUUCUCACGAGGAGUCACGAUGAACAUGUCGCAACUCACUCUCAUUCGGGACCUCUUCAAAGAAUGUGCGCAUGCACGAGGUGUCCUGGUGACUCAGCCAGAGCACAUCCUGUCGUUCAAGUUGAUGGUGAUCGAUCGUACCCUUGCGUCAUCGUCUUCUCUCGAAAAUGUCGCCCGACACUUGCAGGAAACACAGAUGUGGCUCAAGUCUCACUCACGGGACAUUCUGGACGAAAGCGACGAGCUCCUUCACGUUCGAUACCAGCUCAUCUAUACCAUGGAGCAGCAGCAGCCACUCGACGAUAGCCCAGACCGGUGGACCACUACCCAACAAGUCCUCGACCUCGUGCGACGGCAUGCGCUGAAACUCCAUGAGCAGUUACCGACAGAGGUCGAGGUGACAGAUUUGCAUAGCGAUACUGUUCUGGAGGGACAAUUUACUCCCAUACGCUUACUCGGCACCUCUGCAUCUGAGAGGCUGGUAUCUAGAAUCGCGGAAUCUGUCCUCGACGGUGCAGUGGAUAACAUCAAUUUCGUUGGCGUGAACUACGACCAAUCACUUCGAGACAAGCUACUUCGUUUCAUGACAGAGCACUCUGUUGAUCACACCACAUACCUCAGCAUCCGGGAACGGUAUGAAAGGUCGGCCUUAUGGAAAGGUCUUCUUCUUUUGCGCGGUCUCCUCGCACACGGUAUCCUGGCAUACGUUCUUGGUCAACGUCGAUGGCGUGUCGACUAUGGGCUCGAUCUCAAACGUUCUCUUCUUGCGGUUCCGUAUAGGGCAAAGGAUGUUCCAAGUCUUCGAAGCGAAUUUGGACAUCCAGAUGUAGCCGUUUCUCUAACAGCUCUCAGCUAUUACUACGGAGGGCUAUCGGCACGUCAAGUUCGGGACUGUUUCGAAAUCCUUCUCAAGCUAGACAACCCCCGUCUCGAAUACGGAAAGUGGGUCAAAAGGGGUGGCGCGGACGUUCCCAUACCCCUUCGGGAACUAAUGGGUGUGAACAUGAAGGACCUACAAACAUUCGCCCAUGAUGUCGUUCCCGUCUUCAAAGUGAAUCAGUACACCAUCGAUUUCUACCUGUCCCAAGUCGUGUUCCCGAAGGAUGCCAAGGAAUUUCCCUCCAAACUCGGCACCUCUGGCUGGGAUCUCGCAGAACGAAAGGAUAACUUUACCACCGGGUUCAGCGGAACUAACGACAAUGCGGAUCUGUUGCCGACCUCCAUCUACCAGAGCGAUCCCGUCAAUCAAGGCCGUACGAACGCCCGUGUUCUGAGAUACUUGCUCCAGCCAGAAAACGACGAAUACAUACCCGACCUCGACGCAGGUGUAUUUUUCGAUGAUCUCGGCAUCCUAUCGAUCUUUACCCGUGAUGGAAUGGUCGAACCAUUCCAUUCCUCGCCAUUUUCCCAGCGUCUUGAACGGUGCGUUAUCUACCUCGACGACGAGCACACCAGAGGUACGGACCUCAAGCUCCCGUCAGACUUUCGAGCGGUCGUGACUAUGGGUCCUAAGGUAACGAAAGAUAGGCUGGUUCAAGGUUGCAUGCGUAUGCGAAAGCUGGGCUACGGUCAAUCCCUGAUGUUUUGCGCUCCGCCAGAGGUAGACAGACGUAUCCGAACUUCCCAAAACGUCAACCUGGAGUCUCAGGUCCAAGUCAUCGAUGUUCUCAGCUGGGUUAUGGGAGAGACAUGUGCGGAUAUCGAGCACCACAUCCCUCACUGGAUAGAACAAGGACUCGACUACAAUAAGCGAAAAACAGCAGAUGAAGCAUUCUCUUCUGUGGACGACAUCGUCAUCGAGUCUCUUCGCCGGGUUUGGCUCCAACCUGCCGCCCGAUCCCUGAGCGAGAUGUAUGGCUAUCAGUAUGGCACGACUUCGUUGGUCAGAUCUGCUAGGACUAUUCCUGCCAUGCACAAUCGUCUCCGCUCGCUCGGUGUUACCACUACACGCGAGGCUCGCAUGGAGGAGGAACAAGAACGAGAGGUCAACCAUGAGGUCGAGCAAGAGCUACAGUUGGAGCGUCCUCCGAGAAUUCCCGCAGCACGCCAUCGUUUGGACGAGGAAGUCGGCCGUUUUGUCCGUAGCGGAGUUAUCAGCACGAGCACAAACACUUUCCUACCGCUCAUGACACCACUACGCUCGGAACUACAGACUCUCAGUCCACCGAAUCCGUGGUCCAGGCACUUUUUGGCUACUCGUGACUUCGCUACGACGACGAGUGGCGCCAUAGAAAUGUCUCGUCUGACGGAUUAUCUGCGUCCAGUCAAUUGGAUUCUUUCAAGCACCAAGAGUUCGGCAAUGGAGAGAAGGUUUGUAGUACUCAGCCCUUUCGAGGUGAACGAGCUUUUGCCAGAGAUUCGCGCGAGUCGAUACGUGCGCCUCCAUAUGUAUGCGCCGCAGACCAUACAGACCACGAAGGCCUUCGAUGACCUCACGUUCUACUGCAUCCCUCCACUUCCACCUGCCGGGCCCGAUUUCGUCAUACCAUCAAUCGAUAUACGGUGCCAGCUCAACAUCUGGGCCGGACAGCUCUACCUGGACCAAUACGAGACGUACCUUCGCAUGUGCCUUCUUCUAGGGGUGUCCUCGAGCGACGGAGUUGGCUCUGCCGUUACGCAGGGGGACCGUUUUGUGCGUGCCGAAAACCGGAGUGGAGAGAUUGCACAAGUGUGCUUGUUCGAGGAGAGUCCUUUGCCGCUGCUGAUGAGGUUGUUUGUGCUGAGGAGGAAGGGUAUGAAUUACGCACCAACGCAUAUGGGGAGGAUUUUCCACGCCAGACUGUUAUCGAGGGAGGACUUUGAGGAGUGA